GUGUGUGUGUGUGUGUGUUUGUGUGUAUGUGUGUGUGUGUGGAGACUCGGACCUGCGCGCUGAGGUGACCUGCUAGGCUGUGCUUUAUUUUCACUCACUUUAUUUUCCAGAGACAGUCUGUGAGCCGCUGGCGGACAGGUCGUGACCCCGGGCGGGCAGCAGAGCGCUGUGGUUGUGGAGCUGUGAGAGCGGAGGGCUGUGUUCGCAGUCGGGGGCGAUGCUGGAGGUGUCCAUACCGUCCCUGGAGAGGGAAGUGGAUGAAUCGGGCAAGUUACGCAAACUCUUCAGGGUGGAGAUUUUGUUCAAUGGAAGGAAACACUUUGUUCUGCGGCGGCAGAGUGAGUUCCAGACGUUACACCGGAAGCUCAAGAAGAUCGUGCAGCUACCUGAUUUCCCCAGCAAAAGGAACCAGCACCUACGCACUAAACCACUGGAGCAGAGACGGCAGGAGCUAGAGGAUUACAUACAGGUAAUCCUGUACCAGAAUGAAGUGGUUCCUCAGGAGUUGCUGGAUUUUCUUCAGGUUAAACACUUCCAUUCAGCCAACAAGAUCUGCAGUUUUCAUGAAGAAGAAUGGAAUGACUCUCAAGAACACGGGUACAGCUGUCAGCUACUGCAUCAGAGAGUGGUGGGCUUCUCAGGUGACCCCUAUCUCAUCGCAUCAGACUCAGACCUCCCAGAUGUGGUAGUGGCUGGUGUCCUGCAGGGCCUCUACCCCAGAGACACUAAAGUGAGCUUUAAGGCUUGUUCCAAACCCAGCGUAAACCCUGCUCCACGACAGCCUAGGCAUGCUUCCAUCCCUUCAAUCAUCAUAGACAGAGGUAGCCUAAGCUCCUUGCCAGAGACACAGAGGACCUGAGAGACUGGACACAUGACCAAUUUUCAUGAUGCUUCUUGCUUUUGGAAUAAUUUUGGCAUUUUGUUCUCUUAAGAGGUGAAGAGUGCCCUCAACAUCACAAAUGUUUUGAAAGUGAUGCUCUGUUCAUCUCUGUAAGGACACGAGUGGAUGCUCAUACUAGCACAUGGUUUACAAAGACCAAUAGAUGUAAGCGGUCCUGUAUGAUUCACUUAUGCUUCACAUAGCGUCCAGCAGUCUAACUAAUAAGUCUCUGCAAUAACUGCAUCACAUAGACUGGGAUGAGUUUAUGACACUUUCACAGGGAGGUCUCAAUUAGUCAGUAUUGGUUUAUUUGAAGUGAUCCUUUCAAAAUCAGUACUGUGCACCAAAUACCAGAGUGUUUAGAGUACUGCACUUUCUACAGGGAGCAAGUAUUAGACAGCCUGAGAUCUCACAAGUGGUUUGUGUGUGAUAUUUGAUAUAAACCAAACUUGGUGCAACAGAUUUUUUCCACUCAAAGUAUAAACAGUCAUAUACAGUGCGCUCCAUUCAGUACAGCUGCAUUUCAAAUGUGGGUAAAUUUUGUUUACACAUUUCUUAAAAUAAAUGAGUGAACGUUUC